GAAACAGAGGUAGUAGAAUUUUAAAGUGAGGACAGAAAGAGCGACCUCCUCUGGAUGAAACAGGCACUUCUGCAGAUUUCACUUAGUAUGUUACAUUGUUGCUAUUGGAAACGGACUCCACACAAACUGAGAAAACACCGGAAAACCCUCUGAACCUCUGUUACAGUUCAUUCUCUGAACAGAAAGAAGUACAAAGAAGAAAUAAGUGUGGGAUAUUCAGGCUUUGGAUUUAAAAUGAGCUCUCCUUUGUCGAUGCUAAAGAAAACCAAACGCACUCCUCUGCAGGGCGCUCACAAAGAGCAAGGGAGCAAAUCAAAAGUUCCUUUCAGGAGGAAUCUGCUGAAAGAAUUUGAGGCUGAACUGGCCAAUGAGCCUUCUGAUUACUCUCACACUCCAACCAACGAAGCCUCCAACUCAAAUACGGGAGCUCCAUUAAAGAAAGGGUGUCCUCCGACCAACUUUGACCUCAUGUCUGCCAUGAUGCAGCGAGUGACCCUCCUGGAGAAAACAGUGAGGAGCCAGGCAAAGGAGAUAGAGCGCAAAGAUAAACAGAUUUCAGAUUUAGAGGAGAAGCUGGCGGUUCAGGAGAAGUCAGGAAGCAUGCAUGACCCGAGGAGCAGAGAUGAUCUCGAAAGCCGGUGCCAACAACUGCAAAAUCAAGUGCAUGAGAUGGAGGACUUUCUGAACGAUUAUGGUUUGAUCUGGGUGGGAGAUACAGACUCUGGUGAUCCUGCAGAGCGAGAGACUUCUGGUGCCAGAGGCUUCCACAUAAACUUUGACCUCGUGCUGCAGAGGAUCAGAGAACUGAACGUCCUCCUAGGGGAAGGAGAGUCUUUUGUGCAAAUGACAGCGACAGGAGCACAGCUGGCAAAAAAGGAUCCCAUUCCACUGAGGCUCUACAGGAAUGGCAUUGUAAUGUUUGAUGGUCCUUUCCGCUCAUAUCAGGAGCACAGCACCCAGCAAUGCAUGCAAGAUCUAAUGGAUGGCUAUUUUCCAUCUGAGCUUCAAGAAAGAUUUCCGGAUGGUGUACCUUUUGAGCUUCAUGACAGGCGAUACGAGGAAUUCCACUCUAGGCUCCCAUGGGAAACGUUUCCUGGUGAAGGACAGGCUGUUUGUGGGGACAAAGAUGAAUCAGCAAGCUCGCUGAGUUCUCACUUACCCGGCAAGAAGCUGACCACGGAUCAGUUCCUGAACAAGUUGCCGAAGUUGGUGGUGAAGGCCGGCCGAGUGAUUGAUAUCAGGAACUCGCUGAGGGCAAAGCUGCAGGGUACAUCUGAUGUGGACAGCAGCAGUUCAGUGAUACUGAUAGAUACACCGUCACUGCAAGCGAGUACUGAGAGACUGCAGGCUUUCAGCGCCUACCAGCCUGCCUGUAAUGUCAUCACUCUCAAGGUGAAGUCAGAAGACGGGAGUCACACUUACAUAGUGAAAAUGUCCCCGUCGGAAACAGUCGGUGACCUGCGGAGGUACCUGGACAAACACAGAAGGGGCGGUGUGUCCAGUUAUGACAUCAUCAGCGCAUACCCACAGUGCAACUAUGAUGAUGACGGUCAGACGCUCCAGUCGUGUGGAAUCGUGACAAACGCCACUCUACUGCUGCGACAGAGGAAACCUGAUCCUUCACUGGCCGACGUCAACAAAGCUGUUAAAGAUUAAAGAAUUACUUUUAUCUUGUUACAUCAGUGCUGUUCACAGCAGAGCGGAGCAUGAGCAGGAGAAGUAAAGGUGUUACUAAUGUUAUUAAUGACGACUGUGUUCUGUGACAGUGAGGCCAAAAGCAUUCACAAACCCAUGACACUGAAACAAAAUCACAAUGAGCCAUUAUUCCUUUUGUUUCUUAUACCUUUGCUCUUAUCUUAACAGGGACACAGCUCAAUAACACCAAUAUCUAAUCAGAUAAUCACAUGGCAGCAAUUCAGUGCAUGUAGACAUGGUCAAGCUGACCUGCUAAAGUUCAAACAGAUCAUCAGAAUGGUUAGUGCCAGAUGGGCUGGUCUGCUGUGAUUUUCCACACAACCAUCUCUAAAGUUCAGAGAAAACGUUCAGUAAGCAGCAGUUCUCUGGGUGAAAUAGAAUGAUUGCUUAGAGCUUAUGGGAAUGGAGCAGUAACUUGUUACAACCAAAAUAUGCAGAAGAGCAUCUCUUAACACACAACACACAGAACCUUUAAGCAGGUGGGCUACAGCAGGUGAGGACCACACCGGCUGCUGUCAGCUGAGACCAGGACGCUGAAGUUACGAUUAAGAUUGGAAAAGUGUCGCGUGGUCUGAUGAGUCUCAGUUUCUGCUGCAAUACUUGGAUGAUACGGUCAGAAUUCUGAGUAAACAUAAAAGUAAGGUUCAGGCUGCUGGCAGUAGGAGCUAAUCUCCUGAUUUGUAUCUUUUAAAUAACAAUGGCUUCCAUGGACUCUGCAUUAUGAAUGUGCAGCUGACACAUCUGCAGGAACUCUUAACAGUCUGGUCUUUUCAUCCUUUCUCUGCAAAGUUAAACAAAUAAAAGCAA